AAGUUUUGAAGCGCCCUCUCUACAUAUUCUGUAUCUCCCAAUUGGUAUAUAUCCUGGUUGUUACCAUGUGUGGGAGAGAGAUGAUCUUGGAAUUGGUUACGGCACAUCUCCUCUUGACACCAUUUUGUUAUUUAAACUUUUAACAAUUUUUGUUUUAAACUUUUGUUGUUUUACAACUUUAAUCAACCAGUUGAUUCAUUUUUUGACGUGUCGACGACACUUUUGUUUGGAUUUUAAAUGUAAGUUACCACUUCAUUGUUUUAAUUACUUUGCAUACCUUUGAGAAUAUACGAAUACUUUGCCUUGUUUGAAGGCACGUUGAUAAUGAUAGUUACUUUAGUUAAUUAAUUAAUUAAGAAUUUAUAUAAACUAUUUACAGUUUAUUUCCUGUAUUAUUGUAGGCCUAUACUUACAGUAGUGCUAUAUGGCGUAUAAGAUGCUUAUUCAGAGCACUUAAAAUAGUGUGAUUAGAACACGUUUAAAUCAUUGUUUAUUGUUAAUGUUUUAAUUAAGUAUGAUAAUAAGAUUAAUUUAUGCAUAGAUUCAUUUUAUGUUAAUAUUAUGUGUCUAUAGACUCCUUGUAUAUUGUUCAAUAUAAGUAAUAUUCAGUAUUAUCUUAUACUGUGCUUGUAUCUUUUAACCAUUGCUACUUAAAGUCACUAGAGGCCCAACCUAUGUUUAUUGGAGGUCAUAUUAUCCACAGUAGCACAAUGCCCUUGGUUACCAUGGUGAUGAAAUAGUUUAGUGCUGACCAUUACUGAGACCUUAUCUUGUUUAUGUUACAGUGGUUAAAGCUAGAAUUGAUAAUUUGAUUUGAAGUUUUAUUAGCCUUGGAGACGCUAAAGUCAAUCACCAACAAUUAACCAACGGAUGAAGUUCACAUGUUUUGAUUGUAAAUAAAUGUAAAUAUUGUACAGAACUUACUACGUCGUGUUAAUUUGCUUGCGUCGAUUGAUUUAGCCACAACGCCACCUAGCGAACGUGCGGCGUUCGUUACAACAAUACUUUAAACCAUUGCCAGGCAUCAAAACAUUAUGAGAUUCAGUCAUGAUGAACCUGACAUUGUGUAUUUUAAGCCGUAUGUGAGCAGCCCGGAAAGGAAGUUCCAACUUCUAAAGAAAGUAGAUAUCUUGCCACCUGGUCUGUUGCCUACAGUAAUUCAGUCACCAGGUUUGACUCCUUAUAGGCAGUGGUACCUGUACAAAAAAAUAUGUGAGUAUUGUACACCAUCCACACAGGAUAUCGUUGCUCUAAAACCAACUGUUGAUCAACCAACUGCAAAUGAUUCUGACAAUGAAGAAAUUGACAAUGAAGCUCCCUCAACCUCUGCAUCUGCUGUUGCAAAAUCUGGAAAGAGACCUGCUACUAAGAACCCCAAAGUACAAACUAAAAACCAGAAGGCUUCAAAAAACAAAUGAGUAAUUGAAACUCUGAUCGGAACUCUUAAAAACCAAUAAUAUUCGGAUCGCAACACUCAUUGCGAUAAAUGACCUUGAUUUAUAUGAUGUGCAGAAGAAAAUUGAAUGUUUUUUUUUAAUUUGUGUUCUUUUAAGAAAAUAUAUUAAGGAUAUUUUAAGUUAUAAUAAGAGAGGUGACCUUGUUUUAUUGUAAACUAAUAAAAAAUUUGAAUGCCAAUAAAACAGAGGUUCAUCCUAAUUGACGCAUGCAACAGCAAAAAACUUGUUUUUUGUAUUGAGUAUUUUCCCAUCAUUAGGCCUAGUAUUGAAAAUUUUGUUGAAUUUUUAUUUAUUUAUUUAUUUUUUUUUUAAAUUUAUUUAUUUUUUUUUUUAUUUAAUUUAUACAUAGUAUAGUUUAUGUUGUCAUACUUGUGUGUACCAAAUUUCAUUGCAAUUUGAUAAUUAUAAGUCUAUUGAAAAAUACUGAAUUUUUUUUUAUUUUUUUUAUUUUUUUAUUUUUUUUUAUUUAAUUUAAUUUAUACAUAGUAUAGUUAUGUUGUCAUACUUGUGUGUGUCAAAUUUCAUUGCAAUUGCAUAAUUACAUGUGGUGGUUUAACUUUAGUUUGAGAAAUGGAAAUAAGUCAUGCUAUACCUUGUUGGAAAGCUUUAAAAAUAUACAAUUUAGUGAUAUAAUUAUCUCAUUUUCUCAAAAUGUUAACUCAUGGCUCCUUUUCUGGUGACACGACCCGUUUGUUUUUGAUAAAAAAAAAAUGAUCUAAUAAUUUUUUUCUAUGUGUCCUAAGCCCAAAAUUUGUCGGGGCCCUAGGCAGGCCUUCAACCCAAGCCAAUUGAGUUUAUUUUCUGUUAAAUCUCCAGCCACUAAGCCUACCUAGGCCUAAGCCCUAGCUACCUCCAACCAGCCAUGUACAGUUGGCCUAGGCCAUACUACUACAGUACUAUUAUCUAAUGGCUGAGGAAGCAGGUCAACUUGGCCACAAGUCAACUCGGCCACAGUCAACUCGGCCACACGUUAUUUAUAAUUAAAAUGAAAUGUAAAUUUUACUCAGUUUUUGCAUCCUUUUUCUUCAAUAUGAUUGAAAUGAA